AUGAAUCUUUUCCACUUUGUGCCACAGAUGACAGACGAAACGAUGGACAUCGACAGCGCGCCUACGGUGGCUCCGUCGAACCAGAACAUCCACCAUUCCAUAAUAUCCACGCACACAAACCAAGCUCCUCACGCCCCCACUCCAACAAUUCGGGACAACUUUCGAGAAAUCCAGGUGAAAGUUCAUGUUCGCAACCCUGGAAGAGACACCUGGUCCUAUCAAGGCAGGGGUGUAGUCACUCAGGAGGUGUCAGGGCACUCAUCUCGCGUCGUUGUCCGAAGUCUGACCACUGGCAAGGUUAUGACUGCAUUUGGAGAAUCGUCUGAUCUACAAGCCGAAAAGCGGGGAAAUUUUGUGGUCAUUGGUUGUGUGGAUGGAAACCGCGUCAUAUCAUGGUCUUUAAAUGCUUUGAACAAUUCGGAGACACUUCGCCUUCUUGCGAGCAUUGAGCUUGCUUGUUACAAGUGCAAACAGGCUGUUGCGGACCCUCGUUCUCAUAGCAAAUCUCGACGAAAGAUAGAAAGAUUGAUUAAGGAUGACCGAAGAAAGAGGCAUCGCAGGCGUAAAGAUCAAGAAGCUAUGAUCGACGCCUUUGCUCGUCAGAAUCUGAGCCCAGAAACGCCGCAGGAAGUCGGUCCACCACAGCCCACGUCGUGA